GCCUCCCCUGCGCGCGCCGGUCCUGCCGGGCGGCACUGGCGCCUCAGUCAGCUGAGCGCGCCGCCGGAGCUGGAGUCAUCGUCGCCGCAGCCCUAGCUGCCGCUAGAACCGUGUGAAGAGGGGACCCAGGCUGCCGGCUCCCCACUGCCCCCCAGCUCUCCGCCAUGGCUCCCAUUGGACUCAAAGCGGUGGUCGGAGAAAAGAUUAUGCAUGAUGUGAUAAGGAAGGUGAAAAAGAAGGGAGAAUGGAAGGUGUUGGUGGUUGAUCAACUCAGUAUGAGGAUGCUGUCAUCCUGCUGUAAGAUGACGGACAUUAUGACUGAGGGGAUAACAAUUGUGGAAGAUAUCAACAAGCGUCGAGAGCCACUCCCCAGUCUGGAAGCUGUGUAUCUUAUCACUCCCUCUGAGAAGUCUGUCCAUUCACUCAUCAGUGACUUUAAGGACCCGCCAACUGCCAAGUAUAGGGCUGCACAUGUGUUUUUCACUGACUCUUGUCCGGAUGCUCUGUUUAAUGAGCUGGUAAAAUCUCGUGCUGCCAAGGUCAUCAAAACUCUUACAGAAAUCAACAUUGCAUUCCUUCCAUAUGAAUCCCAGGUAUAUUCCUUGGACUCUGCUGACUCUUUUCAAAGCUUCUACAGCCCACACAAGGCUCAGAUGAAAAAUCCAAUCCUGGAACGACUAGCAGAACAGAUUGCAACUCUGUGUGCCACUUUGAAGGAAUACCCAGCUGUACGAUACCGAGGGGACUACAAAGACAAUGCCAUGUUGGCCCAGUUAAUUCAAGACAAACUAGAUGCCUACAAAGCUGAUGACCCAACUAUGGGGGAGGGUCCAGACAAGGCUCGUUCCCAGCUCCUCAUCCUGGAUCGUGGUUUUGACCCCAGUUCUCCUGUGCUUCAUGAAUUGACCUUUCAGGCUAUGAGCUAUGACCUGUUGCCUAUUGAGAAUGAUGUAUACAAGUAUGAGACAAGUGGGAUUGGAGAAGCUCGAGUAAAAGAAGUUCUUCUGGAUGAAGAUGAUGAUCUGUGGAUAGCUUUGCGUCACAAACACAUUGCAGAGGUAUCCCAGGAGGUCACCCGUUCUCUGAAAGAUUUUUCUUCCAGCAAAAGAAUGAACACAGGCGAAAAGACCACUAUGAGGGACCUGUCACAGAUGCUGAAGAAGAUGCCACAAUACCAGAAAGAACUUAGCAAGUAUUCAACUCAUCUGCACCUUGCUGAGGACUGUAUGAAGCACUACCAAGGCACUGUGGAUAAACUCUGCCGAGUUGAGCAGGACCUGGCAAUGGGCACCGAUGCUGAAGGGGAAAAGAUCAAGGACCCCAUGAGAGCUAUUGUUCCUAUUCUGUUGGAUGCAAAUGUCAGUACUUACGACAAGAUCCGCAUCAUUCUUCUCUACAUCUUCUUGAAAAAUGGUAUCACUGAAGAAAAUCUGAACAAGCUGAUUCAGCACGCACAGAUCCCCCCUGAGGACAGUGAGAUCAUCACCAAUAUGGCGCACCUGGGAGUGCCCAUCAUCACAGAUUCCACUUUGCGUCGCAGAAGCAAGCCAGAGCGGAAGGAACGCAUCAGUGAGCAAACCUACCAGCUCUCACGAUGGACUCCAGUUAUUAAAGACAUUAUGGAGGACACUAUUGAUGAUAAACUUGAUACUAAGCACUACCCCUACAUCUCUACCCGCUCAUCAGCUUCUUUCAGUACCACUGCUGUCAGUGCCCGUUAUGGACAUUGGCAUAAGAACAAGGCCCCUGGUGAGUACAGAUCUGGUCCUCGCCUCAUCAUUUUCAUCCUUGGGGGUGUGAGCUUGAAUGAGAUGCGAUGUGCUUAUGAAGUGACACAAGCCAAUGGAAAGUGGGAGGUGCUAAUAGGUUCUACUCACAUUCUUACUCCCACCAAAUUUCUCAUGGACCUGAGACACCCCGACUUCAGGGAGUCCACUAGGGUAUCUUUUGAGGAUCAGGCUCCAACAAUGGAGUGAGAGCCAGAAACAAAGAGCCACACACAUCCUUACCCCACAGAAACUGCUGGACACGCUGAAGAAACUGAAUAAAACAGAUGAAGAAAUCACCAGUUAAAAUAACUAAACCACCCCUCCAAAAAGUGAUAAUCUCUAUGGCUCUCGGCAGCUUCCUAUGGCUUGGUCUUAGAUGUUACUUUGCAGUCAGUACCCGUUCUCAUCUUCCAUCGGUCCCCUCUGCACGCCCUGGCUUUCUCUCUUUGGUCUUGUGUUUGAUGAAGCCUUCUUCUUGUUUAAAACAAAAGGAAAUAAUGCAUUGUGUUUAUAUAAAAGAGAUCAGAGUAUGUAUGCAUCCAAAAAAAGAGAAAUUCAUCUUCAAAUGAUGCACUGCUAACGAGAUUUUCAGACCGUGAUGACUGGAUGUCACCUCCUCUCUUUUCCUCCCUCCAUUACGUAUGGCAUUGUGACCUUAUCCCUACCCCAGUGCAACAUGAAUGCUCUAUGUGGAAACUGCUUGAAAACAGAUAGGUAGAAAUUUGGUUUUUAAAAUUUCUUUUCUUUUUUUCCUGGGGGCAGGGGCGGGGGUGAGGGUGGGUGUGGGCGCAGGUAGAACUAUUCCCGUUGUUGUUGGGCAUUUUUUUCUCGUUGUAGAGUUUUCUGUGUUCUUGGAAUGUGUUUAAAUGCAGAUUGAUACUUUGUCCUUCCCCCCCCCCCCCCCCCCCCCCCCCCCCCGCACUCUCCAUUCCUCAUCUCUUUUGAUCCAGAUGUACUUGAAGUAGAGAUCAGGUGACAUCUGGUUGGUUUCCACUUUACCCAGCACCUGAUGUCUCCCCAGGGGUACAGCUACAGUCCCAGGGGUGUAGCACCAGACAGCAUCUCUUUCUGCCUAGAAGGGGAAGAUGAUCUUGGUGCUGCCACAUCUGUCCUCUGAUGCCCUGCACCUCUUACAUGGUGCUGUGUAAAUUGAAGGAAGGGAUGUUGCUGUCAUCGAUACUUCAUAUUUACUCAAAAAGGAAAACCGUUUUCUUGGGAUUUUAAAUUUGCACGUCAGAGAUUAACCAGGCUAGUUAACUGAACCAAAACCGUAGUCUUAUUUAAUCCUUUUAGGAGUUCAAAGUACCCUGGACCCAAAUCUCCCUUAUCCAGGCGUACCUGCAAAAGAUAAAUACCUAAUUCUUAUUAGGGUCAGACUUGAUGGAGAAAAUGAUAGAAAAGACCCUGGUCCCUAUUCCGCAAAGAAAGGUCCUUGAGUCCCACUUCCUGCAGAACAGAUGCACCAGAUAAAUUAUUGAUGUAGGUUCUGUCUGUAGCCCACGUGCCCAGUGAACAAAAUCCCUUUCCAGAAAUCUUCUGUUUCAUGUACAAUAAUUGAUUUUUCAUAGUGUGGGUUCAGAUGACAUCAUGCUUAUGAGAAUUUUAAAAAUGCAAAUAAGGCCAUUUUCACCUUGUAUUGAACUUAACUCUAAAACAAAACAAGGUAGUCUUAUCACGAGUCUGGAGGCUCUGUGCCGCUUUGCAUUCAGCCCUGCCGCGUGCACAUUAUCUGUUUCUGCCGUCAUUGUCCAGUAGUGAAAUGUUCUGGCAGUGGGAGUCCCCAGGUUCCCCAGGCCCAGUAGCCCUUCACCCCUUCAUCCCAGCCGAUUGUGUGUAUAUUACUUAAUGUGUCUUGUGAUGUUGUUGCAAGCUUGAUGUAUGGUAGCUUAAUUGCAAGCCUUCUUCCUUUCCUUUCAGAUGACUUUCUUCUCUCCCUCUUAGAUGCAUUAUGGUGUUUUCUUAUCUCCCUAAGGCAUUGAAACUUUCCCUUUGCACUGAGAGAAUCAACUCUUUGCCCCUUCUUCGUUUUCGAACUUGUCUCUUCCAUCCCUCCUUCCCCUUUUUGAAGCUGUUUUUUCCCUUUAGGGCAAAAGCUGUAAACAUUUGCACUGAGUAUUUUUUUUUAAAGUUUGAUUGCCCUUGGUUUUGUUUCUCUUCUUUUGAAAUAGCGGUGUACAUGCUUUGGGAUCUUGUUUAGACAUUGUUUUUCCUUUCUCUGUUGGUUAUUUAUGUGAAAAUAAUUUAUCAAAAGGAAAACUAAAAAAAAAAGCUAGUCUGUCUUGAAACUUGUUUACCUCGAAUUUACUGGAAUCUCAAUGUUUGAAAGUGUUGAAGCACAAACAUGUAUCAUCUCUAUAUCUGUUCUUCUGUACUAAAGCACUCAAGUCUAUGAAAUAAAUAAGCUCCUCUUCACGGCGCACA